AAGGGACAGACGCUGUCAUUACUCUACUGCAUUAAAGGUAACAACCUCCACAGUCAAGAUGAUGAAGUGCAUCGCUCUCCUCCUGGCCCUCGCCGCCGUCGCCUACGCCGCCCCAGGCCUGAAGGGAUAUCCAGUUGGCUACGGCAGUGGCAUCGGUCGCAUUGGUGGCUUCGGCAUCGGCAAAGGUUUCGGCGGCUUCGGCGGUCUCGGCUACGGAGGUAUUGGCGGUUUCGGCAAGGGCCUCGGCUACGGAGGUAUUGGCGGUUUCGGCAAGGGCCUCGGCUACGGAGGUAUCGGAGGCUUUGGCAAGGGCAUCGGAUACGGUGGUCUUGGCGGUUUCGGCAAGGGCUUUGGUAUCGGUGGAUUCGGCCUCGGCGGCUAUGGCGGUGUUGGCUACGGUCUUGGUUUCGGCAAGGGAGUUGGCUUCGGUAAAUUUGGUCUCCAUGGUUAGAUGUCAUGACUGCCGGGGAAGAUUUAACAUAAAGGAAAUAAUCAAGAUCGCAAUGAGGCGUGCGUUUUGAAGAUCUCAUGAAGGAUUCUUCAGUAAUAAUCAAAAUAUACAUGAACAUUCUGAACGACGUUCACGCUGGGAAUUUAACAAACGUGUAUGUCUCCAUGGAAAGACUAAAGUCCACCAUAAGAGAAAACUACGGGCCUCUUACCUUGGCUGAAAAUUGUUUCAAUUAGACAAAUUGUUUCUGUACUACCAAUAGUACAUUCCAAAAGCCAAUAGCUAACCAAUGGUAAUGGUGUUAUUUUGAAGUGAAAGAAGUAAAUACCUUGUAUGUACAUGUUUAUAGGUUGUAAAAUUGUAACACCAAAGGUGAUGUCCUUGUGUAUCAUUUUGUCACUAUUCACAAUAAGCAUUUUUUUGUUUGUUUUUAAUUACCAUUAUUUGACGUUUUAAAAACAUGAAAUAAACUUUCAACAUUUA